AACAAAUACUUUCAAAAUGCUUACGUCAGAUGAGAGAUUCUGAAAUCGGAACCAUGAGGCUCAAAAGUUAGGCACCACUCGCAAGUUUAACUGGCGUCCGUAGUUUUCUGUUCUGCGUUCCGAAGGCGUUAUGUAUCGAAGCCCAUUAAUUUUAUCGCCUGUGCAAUGUGCAUGCAGUCGAACGAAGAUAAGUCAUAAGCUGAUUUCCAAAAAUUUUAGUGAUCCAGAUCAGUUGCUGCGUUUUAAUCUGGAUUGAUUUGCUUUUUGUUGCAUCGUUAAUAUAGUUAUUACUCCGACUAUUAAAUGUUGAUAAGGGCGUUAUUUAUCGCGGUGAACCGUUGUGGGAUCACUGGGUGAUGGUUUUGCGUUCAUCUUGGAACUCGUGGCUGGUAUUGUUCAUGCAGACAUAUUUUCAUUGUGGAUUUUGCAUGCAGGGUGGUACUGUUGUCAUCCAUGGCCGUGCUGAUGUGAUUUUCUCACCCCGGGAAUGAAUCGCCAUCAAGUGAUCACCGGAGCGGUGAAUUCCGGUGAUCACUGCUAUUCCGUGGGAACCGUAGAAGGGGUUAACUUCACGGCCUAUGCGACGGGAUGUGAUGUGGUAAUAUUGUCGAGUGAUUUCCAACGCGUGCAAAUAAUUUCUGGCAGCAGCCAUGGACAUGUGCAAGUUACCUGUAUCGAUUGCUCAUCGGACACCGGCAAGAUUGCGGCAUGUUACGGGAACAAAGUUUAUAUUUACGAACCGGUGCCAAUUUUCCAUCGUGUUAGCUCCCAUCGGUUGGAUUACCAGUGGAUCGAAACAAAUGUUCUGAUUUGUGAUUCGGUCAUAACUGCACUUUCCUGGAAUCAGGAAGGCACCCGAUUGUUAACGGGAGGACGAUGGAUACAGUUAUGGGCCAGUCCUGUAGUCUCGGAACCACAUGUACAGCCUCCAUCGACCAACAGUGCCUCCCAGUUUGUCAGCUUUUCCCUGGGUGAAAACGAUCACGGUGAGGGUGACUCACAGGAAAAAUGGAAAGAAGUGUGGCGGUGUCGGACAUCUGCACCGGUGGCUCAUCUGGAGUUUUCUCCCGAUGGACGAUUUUUCGCUUCUGUCGCCAAAGGCGACAGGCUAGUGAAAGUGUGGUAUCGCAGCCGGAAAGUAAUUCUGCCUUCUCAGGGAGCCCAGUUUUAUGCAGACGGGGACGAUGAAAAGCGCGAAUAUUCAUUCGUUUACCUACCUCAUCCCCGAGCUGUGACCAGCUUUUCGUGGCGAAAGACCAGUCGCUAUAUGCCUCGGGGAGCGGUAGCCAACAUGCUGUUGACUUCAUGCCUGGAUAACAUCUGUCGUCUCUGGGUUGAGACAAUGCUACCCGACGACGGUCUGCUGAACAUGCAACAUCUGGAUCCACUGGUUACCCAGAAUCCGAAAUACGGCCAACACCGGCAUAAACGGCGUCUGGUGGAGCGCCUACGACAUAUGCGCAAGUCUUUCAGAAGAGCCCGCACCCAGGGCCAGCACGACCAGCAGCCCAGCUCGACGGGAGUGCCAUCCAGUGGCACCGGCAAUACAUUGGCCGUCAAGAAAGAACCUGUCCCCACUCUGCCGAGUUCGUACAGUGUGCAUGAUUUUCACAAAGUGGGCGUGCACGGUACCGGUGUAUCGCCGGAAUGUCACUUCCAUUUGGCGGCCAGUAUCAAUGCCGACACCGACAUUCCUCUGGUGCCCUUGCUCAGUUCGGGAUCGGGAGAGCCGUUGAGCUUUGUUAUUCAUUGGUUGAAUAAUAAGGAUAUGCAUUUCACCUGGCAGGCGGAGAAUCUUUUACACGAUUUAUGCAAGAAAGCCUUGCGCUCGGAGCGACAUGACGAUCUGACGGACCAUCGAGCCGCCUCACCGGAUCCGUUGGAAUUCGAGGAAGAGCAGGAGGAUGCGGAACUGGGUCCCACACCCAACGGGCAGCUACCCCAGACCAUGCCGUCAAAGUCCAAGAAGUCGGAAAAAUCUAUGAAUAAAUUCAGCAGUUUGAGGAAGAAGCUCCCGAAAAUGGGACAGCGCACCAAGUCGUUUGAUUUGCUGGACGAAGAUGUCGUUAGUGUGACAAGCAGCCAUCGCGAGCGGGGUUCCUUGCAGCCGCAGCCCAGUGUUAUCGGGUCAACAGCAGAGUCACAGGGAAGUGCACCCGGCGAUACUCUGGAUCGAGAAAUUGAAAAUCUAGUCAGAAACUGGCAUCACAGCGCCGAUCUGCUGUUCAGCAUUCACCCCUUGGAUGGGAGUUUUUUGGUCUGGGUGGUGGAAUGGCUGGAUGAAGAGUAUCCGGGAGCGUUUCGGCAGCCACAAGUUAGUUUCUCGGCCCGUAUCCCCAAUGCGCUGCCGCUAGGGGAUUCCGUCACUACUUGCUGCAACCUGGAAGUGUAUUCCACUCAUUCUGCAUUCCUUGACCUAUACUCCAUGAUAAAAUUAACAGAUGACAAAAGUUCGGUGUAUCAGCACGCCAAUGAUGAGCCGCCGAUUGUGUCGAUGAUAUCCUGUCACCAGAAUGGAUCGUUGAAUUUGUGGCGUAUUAAUUUCUCGGAUGUGACCGAGUUUUCCGCUGUGGUCAGCGUCGGGCACGAAUCCCGCAUCUGCGGUCAUCGUUUCCGUGUUAACGACAUGGUUAGUCAUCCGGUGCUUCCUCUCUUGCUCACCACCAGCCACCAUAACGAAUCAAGCGGCAAGCCCAAAACACCGGCUGCUGGUCGAAAAAUGAGCCAGGCGUUGCUGAACUUCACACUGGGAAAAGGAUUUUGUAGUGAGCUAAUUCUGUGGAAAGUCGAGCCGGUUGGCCCAUUGUCGAAAUCCGGAGGAGUCACGGAGUUGGCCCGCAUCAAUUCGGCGGCUUUGAGUGCAUUCUCCAGUUGUGCCUGGCUGCCGACGUUGCUGCCGGGAUGGACGCUGGGUAAUCUGUCGCAGACACCCAGUGCGUGUUUUGUGGCAUCGGAUGGUGUCAGUCUUCGUUUGUACCAAGCUGUGAUCGAUGCGCAGUUGCUGCUGGCCGAAAUGUAUGCUUCGCUCCGGAAACCGAGCGUGGCUCGAAGCGAAUCCACUGUAAGCAAUGCAUCAUCAGCCGGUCAAAGCCUACCCGAAGAGCAGAUGGACAUGUUUAACAUUGUUAGUCUUCAAUCCAGCGCACGUCCCGGCUGCAUUUUGGCUCUAGAUCAUGUUAAUGAAGCAAAGCAUGAUUGGCAAAAUACACAAUUUCUUCAUAUUUUCCAUGAGCACGUGUUGCGUGGUAAAACUUCGGAUUCAAAUGCGCGCAACCUGGAAGCUGUGGUGGACCUAACGAAUCUCAGUAAUUUUGAGGAAUAUUUCUACCUGACUGUGUUAGAAAAGAACCCCCGCGGCGGCUCCAUUAUGCACAUGUGGUCCAUUGCUUUGUCAUCCAAACCGAAUCAAGACGACGAUGACCAAGAGGCCAUGUCCGGCGAGGAAGCCGACGAAGAUGACGUCCCUUUGGACGAUUCAAAAAUGAUGUCCAGUACGAAACUGUCACCUUCCAAUCUGAAGAUCCUCACAUCCAAAGUCUGCUGCCAGCAGCUGCCCCUGCCGGCCGACAUCGAAGUGGUCAGUGCUACCGCCGCCGCUGGCCAUCUGAGUUCAUCCGCCAUCUAUCCAGCGUGCUAUGCUCCGUACUCCAUUGCCACCGCGUGUUCGGACGGGACUAUCCGAUUCUGGCGCUGUCAGAUCGAAGAGCCGGAGGGUCGCGUGCGAUCGUAUUUCUGGGAGGAAUGGCGGAUGAUGCUGGGUCAUACCAGCUGUUUGACCGUUCCGGGGAAAAUUCUCGGCCUGAGCUGUGCCUAUAGUGCGCGCAUUGCGUGUGCGUUCAAAGCUAGUGUUGACCAUAUUCGCCACGAUCGAGAUGAACCGCAGUACAACAUGAGUGUGGCGAUUUUCGAAUGCGAAUCGACCGGCGGGUCCGAAUGGGUGCAGGAAGAUAAGAUCGCCAUACGCGGUGUGCAUUUCGCCCAGACAGCGUCACCGGUGCCUGAUCCUGAGGAUACCCUUAUGGCGAUUCGGCGGGAGAAAAGAAGUAUGGAUAACUUGUCGCGUUUGAUGGGAAUGCAUGAAGGUUUGCUGCCGCCUGCACCGUACGUUAAUCCGUUUAAGUUGUCCAAUUCGGAAACGAAGAUUUCUCAGAAGCCUUGGCAGUCGGUGUCAUUGGACUGGGUAUCAAUGGAAGAUGGAUCGCAUGUGUUGACUGUGGGGUUGGGAUGUCAGAUCAUGAUUUUCGCAGCGGUUAGUAAUGAUAUCGCGCAGGAAAAUAUGAAGGCCAUGGCAGAAACUGUUCCUAACACCAAACGAUCGGUUUUGCGACAAGCAAGUAGCUUUGCGCUACCGGCCCAGAAAGGAAUUUAUCGAUGGAUGCGUCUUAGGCUAAUUACUCUAGACCAACAAGACGGCGCCCCAGCACUUCCCAAUCAAAUGGCAUGGGUGCGCACCGGUUUAUUGGUGCUGGGCAUGGACAAUGAAAUGUACGUGUAUUCACAAUGGCGAAAAUCACUUGACGCCAGUCAUCCCGAUAUGUCAGAUGCACGAUGCCUGUCUGAUUACAAUUUAAUACGAUUGAACGCUUCUCCGAGCCGGAUGAAAAUCAACAAAACAAUCCCAUCACUGAUGUCUGUGGAACAUUUGAAGAAGAUGAAAUCACGAAAAACCAUGACCCAGAUGAGUCACAUCAGUAAGCGUACCAAUAUACUGCAAGACACGUUCGUGAUGGACCGCGGAUUGUUCGAAGCGGCUAGGAUUGCUUCGCCGGUACUUCCACAGUACCAUCCAAAACAACUGAUGGAGCUGUUGAAUUUUGGUCGUCUCCGUCGUGUGCAGGCUAUUUUGGCGCAUUUGCUGCGGUGCAUCAAAAGUGCGCUGCCGUCGAGCGAUGAUGGCAACGACUUCCCAGUGGAGGACCAAGAAAAUGGUCGUCGAUCGAGUUUGUCGAGGCAGCUGUCCAUGAGUCGUCGCAAAUCAGUAGUGCUGUCACCUGGCUCGCUGGGCGAUGCCCCGAACAAGCCUAAGGAAGAAAUCACGCUAGAUUAUAUCGAAAUCGACUCCAUAUCACCGCUGCCGCUCUUCGCCCUUCUGGAGGCUGAUCAUUAUGUUGGGAAACGCGGUGAUGAAGACGAAAAUUAUGAUGCGUUGUUUAAUGCAGAAAAUGAAAACGGAGAUGAAGCCACUUUGGACGAUAUUCUGGAUGAUGAGGACGGUACGGAAGAGCAAACAAGGAAGAAGCGCACCGGGGCACGACGGGAUCCGUCCGAUAUAUACGCCUUCCAUCCUAACGAUGCACGCGAAUUGGUCCACCAUUUAACCCAUAUGCACCUUCCCGGCUUGUCCAGCUUAGAUCAGAUGCAUUUAUUGGCCUUGGCAGACACGGUUGCGAACUGCAGUGGUACGCUGAUUCUGGAUACGGAAGACGAUGCCGCACAUGCACCACCUACCCCGGAAAAUGUCGAUUCGUGUGGUUUGCGUUAUUUAUUGGCUGUUCGCCAGCAUGUCUACCUUCUGCGCUGUCUACCGCUGAAACAGCGGGCCGCCAUCCAGAAACAGGGCAUCGAAUCGCGAUACAUUGCGUGGGCAUUCCAUUCGGAGAAUCAGCAAGAACUGUUGAACGCCGUCCAGAACAUUGUCCACGGCGAACUUAAGUGGUCGGAUAUCAAAGAACUGGGCAUUGGUUGGUGGCUGCGGAGUAACGCGAUUUUCAAAAACGUCAUUGAACGUUUAGCGAAAAAUGCCUAUCAAGCCUCGCAAGAGCCCAUGGAUGCGGCGUUGUACUAUCUGGCCAUGAAGCGAAAACCGGUGCUGCAUGCUUUGUUUAAAGUCGUCAAAGAUCAAAAGAUGAUGGACUUCUUUUCCAAUGAUUUCACACAGGAUCGCUGGCGCAAAGCGGCUUUGAAAAACGCCUUCGUAUUGCUGGGGAAACAGCGGUUUGAGCAUGCCGCGGCUUUUUUUAUCCUGGGCAGCGCAGUGAAAGAUGCGGUUGACAUUAUCCUGUCGAAGCUGGGCGAUAUGCAGCUGGCACUGAUGGUUGUACGAUUGUAUGAAGAAGAUGAAUUUGGAAUUAUCAGUGAGAACCAUGUACGGAUUUUACAAGAUCACGUUCUUGAGCCGUUGCACGAGGAUAUGGGCAGCACCGAGCCCGACCAAGUGGCUCCGUGCAAUGAUCCGUUCCUGCAGAGUAUAUCACACUGGACACUGCGGCAGUACUCCCAGUCACUGCAGGUCUUGUUGGCCGAAGAAGCCAUGGACCUGACGAUGACGACGGAAAAUCACAGCAUUUUCAACUUUUACGAUUUCCUGCGCAAUCAUCCCAUUGUCGUGCGACAAGUGCAGACAUCCACAAAAGUCCACCGCAAGGAUGAAAUAUCGUCCGUCGAGCGGAAGUUGUUCUUCAAAACCGCCCAUGUUUAUUUCCGCGCAGGCUGUCCACUGUUGGCGCUGGAGGUCUUGUGCAAACUGCCGGAAUACUUUUACGAUGAAGUGCCUGAUCUGACCAUCGAUGUCAAAGGAAUGAAUGGAUUGGAUUCUGUGAAGGAGUCCGCGCCAGCCGCCGAACCGCAGACAGUCCAGGAUUUCGAUUGGGGGACCCCAUCGGUGACGGUUGCCGCACCAAAAGAAGAUAAACUUGAACUGUCGUGGGAUGAUGAAGAAAAGGAAGAGGACGAGGAUGACGAUGAUCACUUAAGCGAUCGGGGAUCCGUGCUGGAAUUUGGCUCCCCCAAACGCCGAAUGAGCACUAGCAGUCCGCAUCGGCGGGCCAGUAUCCUCUCCAAUGUGCAGGAUCUGUCCAAACGGGUGGAUAUUAUGGCGCAACAGUUGAAGUUUAUUGCCGGCUUGAAAAUUCUGAUGGAAGAACUAGGGACAUUAGCCACGGGAUUUGAAGUGGAUGGCGGUCAGCUGCGAUUGAUCUUAUAUAUGUGGUUGGAGAAGGAAGUGGGCAUUUUGAAACUGCUGUGCUACAAGAGCGGCGCAGCGUUGAACGAGAAACUGCGGGCCAUCAAACCGAUUGAUGCGGAGAACGAUGAGAGGAUGAUGUCAGGGGUCCACCAUGAGCAGCUGGCGUUGCAUGAAGCGCUGAAAGUGGACAACAUGGAUUUCGAGGCCAGGUUGGACAGGAUGGCUCGGCGCAAAGCGUGGUUGAAGAGCAAUCAGCAACUGCUGCGGUCAUUGAUUCACUUCUGCCAGAUUUAUGGCAGUAAUGGCGGUGGCCUGGCAUCGGUGUAUAUGGAGCUGACUUUACUCGCCCACGAAUUAUACCAAGGAUCUCUGCAACAGCAGCAGCAACUACUGACACCGCUCCCGUUUCUUACGACACUGCCCCUUUUAUCAGCAUUUAUUACGGGCCCGUUAACUAUAUCGAGCGAUCCAGUGACGUACGUCAGCCGAAUGUCCCAUGAUUUGCUGUACACACUAGCCGAUAGGAAGGCACCACCUGCCGCACAGGAACCCAUCACAUCCAUCUAUGUCAUUCGUGAUCUGGCUUCCGCUCUGUCGUCCAUUGUAUACCAAUCCUUAUGCGAAGGGGACCAAUUUCAAACCAAGAAUUUCCAUUCAUCAUCCGGUGCCUUGGAAGGUUUUGCGGCAACACUGCUGAAUUCCGGUGGCUACAUGUUUACGAUGCAGCGGAAGCGCCGUAACACAAUGAUCGACGGCCGUCUUGUGCCGACCACACAGCCCAGCAAGUGGCCCGGCGUGCAGGCAUUGCGUGCGCUGAUGGCGCGGGAGCGAGAUGAGAACGCACCGAAACUGCAUGUUCUGCUGAUGGAAACCUAUAUUGCGGUGUAUAUGUCCAUGAUCGUCACUGGCGUGGCGCUGCGCGAUGUAAGCCUACUGUAUCGUUUGGUCGGGGUUAAUUUCAACGUGAAAACCUGGUCGUCUAUAUUUGGUGGGGGCGCCAAGAAGGUUAUUCGGCGGUCCAGCUCCGAUCGACGCCGAUCAUUUGCCUCUACAAAUAAUGAUUCCCGUGAUCCUGCCAAACAGCGCAACCUGCUGAAUGCCAAAGUGUUAGGUCAUCUGCGGCCGAACAGCACCAGUCCACCGACCGCUCCUAGUACCGAAACCUCCGUAGCCACUACGACUUACCAGGAAGUGUUUGUGCCACCAGAAACCAGUAUUCUGGCAUCCAUGCUGGCGAAACCCAAUGUGGACACAUCCGCUGAUCCUCCGUUCUUUGAUUACGAUUCGGAUGAAUCCGUGCCCAGCGACGAUGAAGAUAAUCCGCCAAGUGAAAUCGAAUUUGACGAGGAAUCCAAACGGGCGGAGAGCGAACACUCGGAUCCGAAUUCGUACAGCUGGGCCAUCGUCCGACUGGUUGUACUAAAAGCCGCUGCUAAAGUCAUCCAGCAGGUGCUAACCACCGUUGCUGUCGAACAACAGGAUUUGCCGGUGUUCUCCCCGGUAUUACACACCACCCUGAAAAUGUUGGACCACUGGCAGUUGGCGGCAAUUCAUGCGUUGGAAGAAUUUGGCGCCGCUCCCGAAGGAUUCAUACCGCGAGCUUACGGAGGGUUUGGCGACACGGUCAGUGGGAAAAAGAAUCCGUACGCCGUUUUAUUGGAUCCCAGUAACACGCCGUUCCAAUCGGAUCAUCCGUCAGCAUCACCGAUGAAACGGUUGUGGAACUACCUAAUUCACCAGGAUUACCUCCAGGAAACUUUUGUCAAGUAUAUGUUCAAGCGACGUAAACCCGAUCUGCCGUCGUUGGACACGCUUUCCGACCUGAAUUCAGUGGAUGAAGCAGCACCCAGGCCGAUGCGGGAUGCGAUUCGCAUUGUGCAUAAGGACCAAGAUAUUGUCACGGCGUUUACCAUCAAUCAUGCCAAUCAGAAUUUAAUCGCACUGAGCACAUCCAAGGAGAUCCAGGAAAUUAACAUCGCUUCGUUACUAGAUCCAGAAGGCUGGUUGCAGGACGAAAGUGAGUUUAAUUUACUGACCAUGAAGAAUCAAGCGCUGGAAAAGACCGAUCCCGAGUUCCUGGUCCUGCAGACACCGACGGAUCAACCACCGGCCAACGCUCGUUCUACGGCCGCGUCAUUGCUGCCGGGUGCCCAGGUGUCAACCCGGGGGGCUUACGUGCUGAAGGGUUUUAACAUGCCCGGUUUUACUAAUCCACAUUACGCUAAUUUUGUGGUGGGACGUAGCGGUUAUAUGAUGCAGAAGCUGAAUAAACGUCCCUAUAAGGAAGUCCGGCGGCUGACAUCCCAUCCGAUGUUACCGUAUUAUCUGAGCGGAUCGGCCGAUGGUAGUAUUCGACUAUGGGAAUUUGGCCAUCAGAAACAGUUGACUACGUUGCGCUCUACAUCUAAUAUGGCGAAAAUCAACCAUCUGGAAUUCUCCAGUCAAGGCAACAAAUUUGCCGCGUGUGACGCGGACGGCGUGGUGUCGUUCUGGCAGCUGGGCACAUCGUCCAGUAAUGCGCCACCCUUCAUUUCCCUGCAAUGCCAUAAUAAGACCUGUUCGGCCUUCACCUUCCUGGGAUCAUCCUCGCUAAUUGCCACCGCCGGGCAUGCUUCAGAAAGUCGCAACGUAGCCAUCUGGGAUACACUGCUGCCGCCGCGUAAAGCCAUGGUGGCCGCCUUCAUCUGUCAUGACACCGGAAGUUCCUCCCUGGUCUACGCAUCGCAGCAUAAUCUGCUGAUCACCUGCGGGAAGAAGGGUGAUGUCUGUCUGUUUGAUAUGCGCCAGCGGCAACUGCGUCAUAAAUUCCAAGCCCAUGAAUCCGGUAUCCGCGCCGUGGCACUGGAUCCGACACAGGAGUAUUUUGUCACCGGAUCCGCAGAGGGCGAUAUUAAAGUGUGGGGUUUGUCGGUGCAUAAUUGUCUGGUUUCCUUACCGGAGGAGCAUAAGAAGCAGUCGUUCUUCCGUAAUUCCUCCAGCGGUGUCAUGCAGUUGAGUAUUGAUGCGCAGAAUCGCCUGUUCAGCUGCGGUGCGGAUGGUUUCUUUAAGAUUCGCACGCUUCAACCGCAGGACUACAUUGUGCACACGCUGUGAGAGAGGGAAAGAUGAAGUUUUUGUGUAUCAUCAGGUUUCUUUGUGAAAGACGUCUGUUUUGUGAUAUAUUUGCAUCAUUGUCUGCUUUUGUUCAUGACCAGUCGUUUUGAAGAAUUUUUGGGACGCUGAAAAACCGUUACAAGAAAUGGAAUAUGUACGCGGCAUAAUCUCGCAUUCCUUACGGGAUUCGUCGUUUGUGCGCAGGACGAAUGCUCUCCCAGAAACCCAGUGCCGUCGCUGUUGUCGCUUUAAUUGGUGUUUGUUUUGAUUUAUUCUUCUUUUAUUGUGUUACGUGACGAAAAAAGGUUUUAUUCUUUAGCCGUUUGAGUUGGAUUCUUUAUGUUUGAUUUUUGUGGGAUGCUGAUAAAGUUAUUUAUUUCCGUGGGUGCAUUAAAUAAAUUAUUAUGAAUGAAGGCAGAUGGAGC